CAGGCACUCAAAGAAAUGAAGGUAAAUGCUCGGUGCUACGGACCGAUCAUGGGUGACUGGAGCUUUCUGGGUAAUAUUUUAGAGGAAGUUAAUGAGCACUCUACAGUGAUUGGCCGGGUGUGGCUCACAGUGCUCUUCAUCUUUCGUAUCCUCAUCCUUGGCACAGCGGCAGAGUUUGUUUGGGGCGAUGAGCAGUCUGACUAUGUGUGCAACACACAGCAGCCUGGAUGUGAGAACGUGUGCUAUGACGAGGCCUUCCCUAUCUCCCACAUCCGCUUGUGGGUGCUGCAGAUUAUCUUUGUAUCCACACCAUCACUGGUGUACGUUGGCCAUGCUGUGCAUCAUGUCCACAUGGAGGAGAAACGUAAAGAGCGUGAGGAGGCAGAACUUAGCCGGCAGCAGGAGCUGAACGAGGAGCGUCUCCCUCUGGCACCUGACCAGGGAAGUGUCCGCACCACUAAGGAGACAAGCACAAAAGGAAGCAAGAAGUUCCGGCUGGAGGGCACUCUGCUCAGGACCUACAUCUGCCACAUUAUUUUCAAGACCUUGUUUGAGGUGGGUUUUGUGGUGGGCCAGUACUUCUUGUAUGGCUUCCACAUUCUGCCACUGUUCAAAUGUAGCCGUUGGGCCUGCCCCCACACAGCCUGCUUUGUGUCUCGCCCCACGGAGAAGACCGUCUUCAUUGUCUUUAUGUUGGCUGUGGCUUGUGUCUCACUCUUCCUCAACUUUGUGGAGAUCAGUCACCUGGGCCUGAAGAAGAUUAGUUUUGUGUUUCGCAAGCCAGCCCUAGCCCCAGCCCAAGGUGAGGUCAGUCCCCUUGCCACCACAGGGACUCUGGCUGUGCCCUCCCUGCAGAGAGCGAAAGGCUACAGGUUGCUAGAAGAGGAGAAAACUCCACCUGUAACUCACCUCUAUCCGCUGGCCGAGGUGAGCAUGGAGGCUGGCAGAGGGACCCCACCUUUCCUGGGACUAGUGGAAAGGGUGGAGGAGGUGUUACCCAUGGAGAACAUCUCUAAGGAGUAUGAUGAAACUCUGCCCUCCUACACUCCAACAACUGAGACAGGGAGGGUGACAUUAUAUGAAGAGGAAGCCAAGGAGGUGCAACCAGCAGAGGCAGAAGCAGAGAGGGCAGAAGAGGUGGUGAAUGAGGAGAGGGUAACUCCAGCGGAGGCAGACAUGAAGGCCAUGGAUACGACAGAAGACACCAGGCCUCUGAGUCGACUGAGCAAAGGCAGCAGCAGGACCAGGCCAGACGACCUCAUGGUAUGAA